AUGUCAUUAGAAAGAGAAACAAUGGGUGUAAUGCCACCCAUUUCCGUCGGCAGUGGACCACUGGAUCCUCGCUCACAGUUGAUACAAGAAAUGAGAGACCAGAACUUCGAUCUCAUCAGAUUCGCUUCAUACAGGACGGCAUGCAAACUCAGAUUUGUUCAGAAGAAAUGCAACUUACAUGCAAUCGAUAUAUGGAAUGUCAUCGAGGCAUUCAGAGAGAAUGCUCUAAACACUCUAGAGCCGACAGCAUGUGUGAAUGUCACGAGACUCGAGACAUUAGUAUCAUCACUAUAUCAUAAUUUAAACAAGAGAUUGCCACCCGCUAACCAAGUCUCGGUGGAAGUGUGUUCGGCAUUGCUAUUGAACUGGCUAUUGUCGGCAUUUAGUACUGGUGAGAAUGUGGGCAAGAUAAGAGUAUUCUCAAUCAAAGUUGCUUUAGCAACUAUGUGUGCCGGCAAGCUGAUGGAUAAAUUGAGAUAUAUUUUCUCUCAACUUUCGGAUGGUAAUGGUCAUUUACUUAUGAAGAGGCUCUCAGACUAUCUGCGGGAAGUUCUGGCAUUGCCGGCAGCUGUUUAUGAAUCACCAUCAUUCAGUUACAAUGACAAUCUAGCUAUGGCUAUAUUUAACCAGAAUGUCAAAAUAACGGUCAAUGACUUCUUGGACACACUCAUGUCAGACCCCGGACCGCCAUGCCUUGUGUGGCUACCGUUACUACACAGACUGGCUAGCGUGGAAAAUGUGGUACAUCCCCUAGCCUGUAGCGUCUGUCGUCGCGGGUCAUUGACCGGGUUCCGUUAUCGUUGUACCCGCUGCGCUGCUUAUACUCUAUGUCAAGAUUGCUUCUGGCGGGGUCAUGUCAGCCCACCACAUAGCAAUGACCACGAGGUCAAAGAAUACGCUACCUACAAAUCUCCAUCAAAACAGAUCGGCGCGACUCUUCGUAAGUCAUUCCGCUGUGUUCCCGAGCGAGCAAGACCAGUUCUACCGAGAUAUCCCGACCAGCCAGAAAGGACACUCAAUUUAAGCCAUAUUGUUCCGCCGUCUCCAGUGCCGGCUCACAACGGCUUCCCGGAGUACACCGGCUACAACACGGGCUCACUGGACAGUCGUUCAUCAAGAUCUACACACAGAAGCAUAGCUGAACAUCUGUCGCGUGGAGUGGAUGAUGAGCAUCGCCUCAUAGCGAGAUACGCGGCUAGGCUGGCGCAUGAGAACAGAACUAUGCCGAGAGCUGGAAGAUCUGCAUCUUUGACUCCUGAAUUGGGUCGUUCGUCUUCCGAAGGGUCGGAGGUGGAUGCUGCAAGACAACAGCGGGAACUGAUCUCACAACUAGAGGCCAAGAACAGGGAGAUUAUGAGAGAGAUAGCUAGACUAAGGCGUCAACAGGAAGCGGAAGCGUCAACCGGUAACGCCCCUCCGUUAGUUUCGGAGCUGCGAGCGUUGAGACAGAGGAAGGACGAGCUGGAGGGACACUUGUCCUCGCUGCAGGAGUCAAGGAAACAUCUCAUGCAUCAACUGGAGGGACUCAUGAGGAUGCUCAAGACCCAGCAAUCCAGUCCUCGUUCGACCCCAAACUCAUCGCCUCGAUCCACUAAGAGCCCCCCACUGCCGGGGUCGCAACCCCAACAAGCCCCUGACAGGGAGUCCCGGGGCGCAGUCCGUAGUGCUCCGCAGACACCCUCGCUAGGAGAGAGGGAACGAGUCGAUAUGACACACAGUCUGGGUGCCAUGGAGAGUAUGGGAGGUGAUUCCAGAAAUUUCCAUAAAAAUGAAAGACCCACAACAAUGGGCAUAGACAACAGGAGUCUCAGAAGUGAUCUUCUAUACGCCGCAGAUUCAGUCACUAACGCCAUGUCAACUCUAGUACGGGAACUUAACUCUGAGGGAUCCGAUGCUGAAGAAACGGUCAAGGUGCAGCGGGAGAGAACACGGAGAGACUUUGAAGAGGACGAUGACAGCGACGAGCCCAUGCCGCGCCCGCAGCUGCCGAGACACUACAGACACGACAACAACGUACAGGUACAUACACGUACAGCGACAGCGCCCCACGCCUCCCCCACUGGUGAGAGAGGUGAACGAUCAUCGAGGACUGGCGGCCGGAAGCCGUCGUCCGCCUCACGCUCAGGACGCCGCGCCACGUCUCAUCAACACGGCUGGUACGAUCUCACGUAG